AUGGCUCCGAAAAAAAGACCAGAGCCCAUAGUUAUAACCGGAUCUGUAGAAGCACAGACGACCUCUACAUCCAUAGAUGCUGCGUCAGAAGCGAAUCUCGAGGCCCUGCAGAAGAAGCUGGAAGAGCUGGAUUUGGAUGAGCAGCAGAAGAAGCGUCUGGAAGCUUUCCUCACGCAGAAAGCCAAUCUGGGCGAACUGAAAGAUGACGAUUUUCAUCACAUCUGUGAGCUGGGAGCUGGAAACGGAGGUGUGGUUAAUAAAGUGUGCCACAAACCCUCCAGCCUCAUAAUGGCCCGCAAGUUAAUUCAUCUGGAGAUCAAGCCAGCCGUCAGACAUCAGAUCAUCCGGGAGCUGCAGGUCCUGCACGAGUGUAACUCUCCGUACAUCGUGGGCUUCUACGGAGCGUUUUACAGCGACGGCGAGAUUAGCAUCUGUAUGGAGAACAUGGACGGAGGCUCUUUGGAUCAGGUUCUGAAAGAGGCUCGCAGAAUCCCGGAGGAGAUCUUGGGAAAAGUCAGCAUAGCUGUUUUAAGAGGACUCGCUUACCUUCGAGAAAAGCACCAGAUUAUUCACAGAGGUAAAGACGAUAAUUAA